AUGAAGUGGGCCGUCCUUGUGUGUGCCAUGGUGGCACUGUCUGAAUGCUUCUACCAGGUCCCUCUGGAGAAGGGCAAGACAGCCAGGGAGAUCCUGGAGGAGCAGGGUCUGUGGGAGGAGUACAGACUCAAGUAUCCAUACAAUCCCACGGCCAAGUUCGAUGAUCGCUUUGCCGUGGGCACCGAGUCUAUGACCAAUGAUGCUGAUUUGUCUUAUUAUGGAGUCAUCUCCAUCGGAACUCCUCCUCAGUCCUUCAAGGUUAUCUUUGACACUGGCUCUUCUAACCUGUGGGUGCCCUCUAUCUACUGCAACAGUCCAGCUUGCAACAACCAUGCCAAGUUUAACCCCAGCACAAGCAGCACCUAUAAACACAGCAGUGCUUCUCUCAAUAUCCAAUAUGGCACCGGCAGCAUGAUUGGUCUCCUUGGAUACGACACUGUGAUGGUGGGUGGGCUCGCUGUGACUAACCAGAUCUUCGGCUUGAGCACAAGUGAGGCUCCCUUCAUGCAGUACAUGCGUGCUGAUGGUAUCCUUGGUCUGGCAUACCCACGCCUGGCUGCCUCCGGUGCUACACCUGUGUUCGACAACAUGAUGACGGAGGACCUGGUCAAGCAGGACCUCUUCUCUGUGUACCUGAGCUCCAACUCCCAGCAAGGCAGUGUGGUGACCUUUGGUGGUAUCGACUCCAACCACUACACUGGCUCUAUCACCUGGGUGCCCCUCUCCAGGGAUCUGUACUGGCAGAUCACAGUGGACAGUGUUACCGUCAAUGGCCAGGUUGUGGCUUGCAGUGGCGGUUGCCAGGCUAUCGUUGACACCGGCACUUCUCUUAUUGUGGGACCUCAGAGCAGCAUCAGCAACAUCAACAGUCGGGUGGGAGCUUACAGCCAGAACGGAGACUAUAUGGUCAACUGUAACAACAUUGCCCAAAUGCCAGAUGUGACUUUCCACAUCCAGGGACAGGAAUUCACCCUCCCAGCCUCUGCCUACAUCCAUCAGUCUCAAUACUUUGGCUGCCGUACUGGCUUUGGCAACGGAGGUGACAGUCUGUGGAUCCUGGGUGAUGUCUUCAUCAGACAGUACUUUGCCGUCUUCAACAGAGGCCAGAAUAUGGUGGGUCUGGCCAAGGCUGUGUAA